UGGCUCGGCAACCUCCACAACUCAUAAACUCCCCACCACGCCAGCCAUUCCCCAGCACAGCAAAGCAUCCAAUGCUUGCCCCUCCCACCCAUUACUGCCCUAAUCCCCUCCGCUAAUCACUCCCUCCACUACUAAACCCCCUCCCUCAUAAUCCCCCCCGGAGGAGGAGCGGGGCGGCUUCGGCGAGCGAGAUGGACAUCUCGUCGUUCGUCACGUCGCUUCUGACGUCCUUCCUCAUCUUCGCCGUGCUGGUCCUGGUGUUCACGUGGCUCUCGCGCCGCCCGGGGAACGCGCCGGUGUACUACCCGAGCGUGCUGCUGCGGGGGCUCGACCCGUGGGAGGGGCGCGGGCGGGGCACGCGCAGCCCCGUCGGCUGGAUCCGCCAAGCGUUCGCGGCGUCCGAGGCCGACGUCGUUGCCGCCAGCGGAGUCGACGCCGCCGUCUACCUCGUCUUCCUCUCAUCCGUGUUGGCAAUCCUUGCGUUUUCCGCGAUUGUGUUGCUUCCAGUUCUGUUACCAGUUGCUGGAACUGAUCAUGCCCUGGAGGAUUCUACUGGCAGAGUGCCGCGGAACGUCACAGAUUUUGAAAGAUUAGCAUUGGGCAAUGUUCAAGACCGAAGUGCGAGGCUGUGGGCAUUUAUAUUUGCAGUCUAUUGGGUCUCCUUUGUCACCUAUUUCAUACUAUGGAGAUCCUACAAGCAUGUUUCAAAUCUGAGAGCAGCGGCAAGAUCAACAUCAGACGUUAAACCAGAGGAGUUUGCAAUGUUGGUGAGAGAUGUUCCUGUUCCACCUCCUAAUCAAACUAUAAAGGACUCGGUGGACUCGUAUUUCCGAGCACUUCAUCCUGACACAUUCUACAAAGCAAUGGUUGUGACAGACAUCACGAAGGCUGAUCAAAUUUUCCAAGAGAUUGAAGGUCACAGACACAAAAUUGCUCAUGCUGAAGCUGUCUAUGCAGAAUCGAAAACAUCAAACAGACCUGAGGGCACGAGGCCUACUCAUAGGACAGGAUUCCUUGGCCUUAUCGGUAAAAAGGUCGACACGCUUGAGUACUGUAAUGAGAAGAUUAAGGAAUUGCUGCCCAAACUGGAGGAUGAACAGAAGAGCACCCUUAGUGAGAAACAGCAACGGGCGGCCUUUGUCUUCUUCAACAGCAGAGCUGCCGCUGCCUCUGCAUCUCAGACUCUCCAUGCUCAGAUGUUUGAUGAAUGGACAGUUACAGAAGCUCCUGAACCACGUGCGGUAAUAUGGACCAAUCUUCCAAGGAAAAUAUAUGAUAGGCAAACCAGACAGACUGUGGUCUACCUCAUUGUCUUUGUCACCGUGGUUUUUUAUAUGAUUCCCAUUACUGCUAUCUCUGCUGUUACAACGCUGGAUAAACUGAGGGAGAAGCUGCCCUUUCUGAAGGUGGUUGUGGACCAACCUUUACUUAAGACAGUCUUACAAGCUUACCUGCCACAGAUUGCCCUCAUUGUUUUCCUUGCUUUGCUGCCAACACUUCUUGUGUUCCUGUCAAAGUCAGAAGGAAUUCCUUCACAGAGCCACGUAGUAAGGGCAUCAUCAGGAAAAUAUUUCUACUUUAUUGUCUUCAAUGUAUUCAUUGGCUAUGCAAUUGGUUCCUCAUUGUUCAGCGCUUUGCAAAAAGUCAUUGAGAACCCUACUGGGAUUGUUACGACGCUUGGCAGCAGGCUUCCUGGAAAUGCAACUUUCUUCCUCACAUUUGUUGCACUGAAAUUCUUUGUUGGUUAUGGGCUUGAGCUCUCUCGUUUGGUCCCUCUCAUCAUUUUCCACCUGAAAAGAAAGUACCUAUGCAAGACAGAGGAUGAGGUGAGAGCGGCAUGGGCUCCAGGAGACCUGGGGUAUAACACGCGGGUUCCGAAUGACUUGCUUAUCGUGACACUUGUGAUGUGCUACUCCGUCAUCGCGCCUUUGAUUUUGCCAUUUGGUGUUGCUUACUUUGCUCUGGGUUGGCUUAUAGCAAAAAACCAGGUUCUGAGAGUUUAUGUUCCUAGUUAUGAGAGCAACGGACGAAUGUGGCCACACAUGCACACAAGGAUCAUUGCAGCUCUCAUGAUUUACCAGGCAACCAUGCUUGGUAUCAUCGGCUUGAAGAAGUUCUACUAUUCUGCUAUCCUCACCCCACUCCUCGCAAUAAGCUUAAUCUUUGCCUACACUUGCCAUACACGCUUUUAUCCUGCAUUCGCCAAAACCCCUCUUGAGGUGGCAAGUCAGCAGCUGAAAGAGACGCCGAACAUGAGCACCAUUUACACCGCCUACAUCCCUCCUUGCCUCAAGCCCGAGAAGCUCGAAGAUGUGGAAGUCUUCGAAGACGCUCAGUCACGCACCACCUCCAGAGCUCCGUCCUUUUAAUGAUAUGUGAUGAAUGUCCACGUGCUCUGGACGGCCUUUCCACGUCGACCACGCUGUGAAGCUUUUGUUUCCAGGAUAGGAAACUGAUGUCAUGUCCCGUGUACAUACAUGGGCUGUUGCAUGAUGAACACUUAUUGAAAGACGUCGUCUUAUAUGUUAGGUUGUUGCUGUGGAUAUUGUUGGGUGUUUACGUUUUUCUUUUUGCUAUUAUUGUGUGUAGACAAUCUGCUGCCCUGGUGUGUAAAAAUCUCAGAAGUCUGACUGCUUGAUGCCUUUUAACCCUGUUAGCAAAUUAUCCCGGUACUGUUACUAUUUGUUACUGAGAUGUCCAUGCUUGUAUUCAGAAAAAGAAAAAUGUUUGUGCCUCCUGAA